UUAUUUAUAUGUGGGCCCAAAUCAAAUAAACCCAAGUCCAUGUCUCUGGUUUUGACAAGGACUUGCACAUGGCGCGUCAAUGGCGAAAGCUCGUUCUUUUUUGCACGUUGUAACUCCUAAGCAGCUGCCCUGUUCUGUGCCACCAUUCGUCUUUGUAAUUUCUCCAUUGAUGGAGAUCGGAACAGAAAUCCAAACAAUGAACUACUGAUUCCGUCUUUCCAAUUCUUACUCAUCGAUAUCAUGUCAAUGUAACGCUAAAGGAAAAGGAUCAGAAUCGAAGGAUUGGCAAUUCCGUUUCUCUAGGGUUUCCGCAACAGCUUGAGAUCUUCUUCUUUGAUCGUGGAUCAUUCAGCAGUCAAUACUACAAAGAUUAGGUAAAUUUUGAUCGUAAUAUACAUUGGCUUUUUCCUUGACGUCUUCUUCAUAAAAUAUUGGUACAAAAAGCAUCAUUACAACUGACAAACAGAAGCAGACACAUUCAUUCGUCAUAGAAUUUGAAUUAUAUUCUUAGAUUGAGAAUUGAGAAUUGUCUAGAUUAUUGUUUAAUGUUGAUGAUAAGAGAUCAAAACCAUGAGAAAUUCUUAUGGAUUACACAUCAAAUAACUCAGAGAGAUGUUAUCAUGGCACAGCCGCCAACAAAUUCAACAACUCCUGGUGCUAAAAUUAGUCCAGCAGUUUUAUUCAUUAUAGUGGUUUUAUCUGUUCUGUUCUUCAUAUGUGGUGUUCUCCACCUUCUUGUUAGAUUUCUCUCAAGAAACUCGUCUUCUUCAACCCGUUCUGAUGAAAGUUACCCAAAUGGUUCGGCUCACGAUUCCCUUCAAAGACAACUUCAACAGCUCUUUCAUCUCCAUGACUCCGGUCUAGAACAAGCAUUUAUUGACACACUACCAGUUUUCAUGUUUAAAGAGGUGAUGCAUACUAAGGAACAAUUUGACUGCGCAGUCUGUCUAUGUGAAUUCUCACAGAAUGAUAAAUUGCGAUUGCUUCCUAUAUGUAGUCAUGCCUUCCAUAUUGGUUGUAUAGAUACUUGGCUUUUGUCGAAUUCCAGUUGUCCUAUUUGUCGUGGAGCAAUUUUCGCUCCUGGCCUUUCGUGGGAAACACAAGUAUUUGACUUUGAUGAUACCAGAGAAGAUGAACAACAACAACAACAACAACAACAAACUGAGAUUGCUAACAAUGGUGGGGGAAAUCAGAAGCCAGUGGAGAUUGAACAAGAAAUGGGGCCGGUUUUAGCUGUGAAGCUUGGAAAGUUUAGGAAAUUGGAUGAUGUUUCUAAGCAUAUGUGUGAAAGUGAGACAAGUAGUAGAAAAUUGGAUGGAAGAAGAUGUUAUUCAUUGGGUUCAUAUCAAUAUGUGAUCAGUGAUUCACCACUUAAGGUUUCCAAAGGGAUCAAAAUUGGCAGCCCUUCAACCAGUGAGGAUUUGGAAGGGAAGAAGAUCCGUAGAAUCGAUAGAAAUGACAGUUAUUCAGUUUCCAAGAUCUGGCUAUGGUCAAAGAAGAGUAAAUUUGCAAGUUCUUCAGAUCCUCAGAAAUGGUGAAUUGUGAAAAUGUUUUCUGUUUUUAUCAUUUUUUUCUCCUAUUUUUGCUGAAAUUGACUCAAAUUUGAAAGUUUUUUCAACUUACAUAUGUGUAUGUUUUUAUCUUUUGAAUAUCGGGAUUUAUUCAUCAAAUUGUUUGCACAUUGGUUUUGCUUGAAGGCUUAGAGUUUAUGAUGAUGGACUAAGUAAAUGGAAAAUGAAGGUUACACAC